AGGUCCUGCCCAGUAAGAUGUUGAGACAUGUAGGGGACUCAAGGACUGUGUCACCCUGCCUAUGUGUGUAAUUUACUACAAAAUAAAUUAAGCAUGUCUUUUAAACUGGCCAAUUUGUAGACUAAAUAUUUAUUUAAUAGGUUUCUUUCGAUUGGAGAGUGAGGGUUCUUCCCAGUCAAAACAAUAGCAUGCAAAUGACUUGCCAUUAGUGUUGAAUGUCUGUUAGUUUCUAUUGGCAUAAUGAUGGUUGUGGUGAUCAAUGAAGACCAUGACACAUCCUGCAAAGUUUAACAACACUGUGUGCUGUAUAUAAGGGCCCACCACUCAGACACCACUGUCUACUCUGGACACUAGCAGUGGGACAAAUUUUCCCGACCAUAAUUGACCUUUUACCUGCCUACGGUAUUUUGUAUGGGCCUACCUUUUGCUUUCGAAUUGACCGCACGUGCAUUUAAAAUUUGAAAUCAACAACCGUUUGGGGGCAGCAAAGACACUUUCACGCGCCUUGCUGAAAAGCUGUGUGUCUGAAAGAUUAUGGCAGACAGUUGCAGUAGUAGCCAAAGUAGCAGUACCACUGACAAUGAAAAGUUGGUGCGACCAAACAUGCAGCUGCAGAAGUUACUGAAGGAGGCUGGUGCAGUGAAGAACAUAUUCACCAUCAAAGAGGUGAUGCUGUACUUGGGUAAGUACAUCAGUAGCAAGCAGCUGUACGACCAGCAGCAGCAGCACAUAGUGCACUGCGGAGGAGACGCUCUCGGGUCCGUACUGGGGGUCGACACAUUCUCCGUCAAAGAACCACGAGUACUGUUUGCGAUGGUCUUAAAGAAUCUAAUUGCAGUGAGACAACCAGUAACCACAGAGUCGCAACCUGUAUUAUCUCAAUCUUACAGCCAGAGCGAAUCAGCGGGAACGUCAGAGGAUUCCGAUUCAAAUGCAACUACCUCAUCUCGUAGAAGAAGACGAAGCAGUGAUCCUACUGGGUCCACCACCGAGGACGAGCCCCAGGAGCGACGGAAGCGCCACAAGUCCGAUAGCCUCUCGUUGACGUUUGACGACAGCCUGUCCUGGUGCGUGAUUGGCGGUCUCCGCGGCAACAGGAGAAGCAGCAGCAGUGAGUCUUCGGACUCCCACAGUAACACUGAAGUAGGUAUUUCUAAUACUCACGAUGACACAGAUGACAGCGCAAGCGAGGACUCUGACGCGGACGCAGACAGGUUCAGCGUGGAAUUCGAGGUGGAGUCCAUCGACUCUGACACCUACAGCGAACGCGACGAGGCCUCCGUGUCUGACGAGGACGAGGUCUACGAGGUCACCAUUUUUGAAGCCGAGGAUGAAGACUCGUUUGAUGAGGACACAGAGAUUUCAGAAGCUGAUUACUGGAACUGCCCCAAGUGUGAGGAAUUGAACCCGCCGCUGCCACGCAACUGCAGGCGCUGCUGGAUGCUGCGGGAUGAUUGGCUCCCCAAAGGCGACGGCACGGCAACACCCACCGACACGCCUGCUGCCGAGGCCAGCCCGGACUCCAAGCCCCUGGCAUCAAAAUUGCAGCCAGUGGACUGUAGCGAUGAAGGCCUGGACGUGCCCGACGGAAAACGCUCCUCCACCCCUCGCUCUCCGCCCACCAAGGAUGCUACCGAGAAAGAGGUAGACGAGUCCUGUGCACUUGGCUCUCCGGCCUCCUGCCUCCCCGACUCCCAGACCUCGGCCUGUUCGCAGCCCUCCACCUCCUCUGCAUCCACCAGCAGGUUGGCCUCCAGCCAGGAGGAGGUGCCAGAGCUGGAGCGCUUCAACAGUGCGGAGGCCUGCCUGCCCGCCAGCUGCCUGGAGCCCUGCGUCAUCUGCCAGAGCCGCCCCAAGAACGGCUGCAUCGUGCACGGCCGCACCGGCCACCUCAUGGCCUGCUACACCUGCGCCAAGAAGUUGAAGAAUCGCAACAAACUCUGUCCUGUCUGCAGAGAGCCCAUUCAAAGUGUAGUGCUAACAUAUGUUAGCUGAGGCCUGCUUACACACACACACACACACAUACACACACUCUCUCUCUUACCUCUGGCACAUUGUAAAUAGUUUUUGUUUUUUUAAUUUAAAUCUUUUGCUUUAAAAAUAUUAUUUUUUUGUUUUGAAGGUUUAUGUUCUCAGUUUAAAAUAAAUGUAAAUAAAAUAAAGCGAGGUAAAUGUUCUCACAAGGUGGUGAUGCUAAGGUAUCUAAAUAUUGUAACAUUAUCUAAAAAAUAUUGUAAUAUUUUGCUAUCUAAAUAUUGUAAGAUGGAUUUAAAGGUGGUGUUUAGGAGAGUGGGGUGGAGUGGUGCUUUGCUGUACCGUGUGGAUCUGACAGCCUGGAAACUGAUGGGCUUUUUGUCAUUAAGUCUUUGUUGGUAGAGCAGUCCUUUGUGGUUGCUUGGAAGCCACUUUUCAUUAACUGCUCAGGAUGUGCAUGUCUCGGCCUGUCCUGUGUAGACCCCCUCCCAGGCAACUCAUACAUAUACUCAGACACACACACAAGCGCACACAGACUGAGGCAAACAAUGCAUUAACACACGUACACAUAGGCAAGCAAGACAUUAUUGCUACUAAUCCAAAUCCUUUUCUCUCUUGAGAGAACUCUGAGCACUUUAGUGGUGGAGGUUUUAGGUUCUGGAGAGGGCAAAUGUAGCACGGUGUGUGUGUAUGGAGAUGACUAUUUCACAUUGUUUUAAAAAAUGUAUGGGGUGAUGGUGUUUUUUUUUAUUAUAUUCUUAUUAUUUAACAUGGUAUGCAGGUUAUUGGAUGCAUUAUGUCGCAAGAGUAUAAAAGCACCCCUCCUGGUAUGUUUUUUCCCACCAGGUUCAUCAUUGUUUUUUGGCAUUGUAUUGCAUUUUAUUCAUUAAUGUCUAUGUAUUGAAUGUAGCCAUGUAGGAGGAAUUCUGCUAACGUGCACUGAACUUUUUGUCAUACAUUCUGCGUAGUAAAAACAAUAAUUUAUUUACAGUUUGA